AUUUAUUUUAUUUUAAUUGAGGUUCCUGCCCGUUUUCUGCUAUCGUCGCUCGAUUCUUCUUUCUCCGAGUCCGGGCCCGGUGAUGGCGGAGACGGGGAAGAUCACGCUGUACUCCUACUGGCGGAGCUCAUGCUCGCAGCGUGUUCGUAUCGCCCUUAAUCUCAAAGGGUUGGACUAUGAGUACAAGGCUGUCAAUCUGUUGAAAGGAGAACACUUUGAUCCAGAAUUUGAGAAGCUAAAUCCAGUUAGCUAUGUUCCGGCACUGGUAGAUGGGGAUUUUGUUCUUGCUGAUUCAUUUGCCAUAAUUUUGUAUUUAGAAGACAAAUACCCUCAGAAUCCCCUGCUUCCGCAAGACCUGAAAAUGAAAGCACUCAACAUCCAGAUUGCAAGUAUUGUUAGUUCAAGCAUUCAGCCACUCCAAAAUACUAGUGUGAUAAAAUAUAUCGAAGAAAAAUUAGAUUCUGAAGCAAAACUUGCAUGGGUGCAACUAUAUAUCAACAAUGGAUUUGCAGCAAUUGAGAAACUGAUAAAGGAAACUGCUGGCAAAUACGCUACUGGAGAUGAGGUCUAUUUGGCUGAUUUGUUUUUGGCACCCCAGAUAUAUUCAGCAACAUCACGUUUCCAAAUAGACAUGUCACUUUACCCUACAUUAGCGAGAGUGAGCCAAGCAUAUGGUGAGCACGCUGCCUUUCAAGCUGCCCACCCACUUAAGCAGCCAGACGCACAGUCGCAAUCCUGAGGAAAGCUUCGUUGCUAAAUGGUAUCAGAUUGAGAUCAAGACCAAAAAUAAAGCUGUAAGUUGAGCAAGAAGGAUGUAUGCAUCAAGAAUUUGCACUCUUGUUGGAUAAUAUAAAUACUUGUCGUAGUAGUCAUAGAAUGUGAAUCUCCUAUCGUUCUUCAGCUACACUACAAAUGGUAAUAGAUCUACGAACUGUUUUAAACUGCCAUA